UUGAACGGUUGGGCUUUUUUCUCGUAUUUUAUAUUUUGUUGUGAUUAUUAUAAGUGAGCGCGCUGUCGAGUACGCGUCGAGCAGAGCCCAAGCCCAGUGAUUUGAAAUGAUUCCUUGAAAUAAACAGUGAACAAUAUUCUACCAACCAAUCGAUCGAUCAGACACUUACGCCCGACGUGAAACGGACAACGGAAGAGAUAACACAUUUCAAUCGCGCGCAGGAUUGAUGUGAUAUCGCGGCUAAACACUCAGACAGAUAUUGUAUAUACAAGGAUACACGGCAUGUGCAUUGUGUUUUGGUUGGUCGUACAUGCGCCAAAAAAAAAUCCACCGCGAACUUUCAAAUUCCAAACCACGGAGAAUAUGUGAACGUCAGCCGCUGUUUGGUACUUUUUGAUCGAGCCUGGCGCAAAUACGUCGUUAAUUCAACGAUAAAAACUCAAAGUCAGAUUAGGUAUUGGAGAAGGGAAAUUCAAAACAAUUGACAACAUCGAAAAAUUCAUUGGAAAACUUGAAGAAUUGAUGAAAAAUUGCAAGAACCAAAAUAAAAUUGACGGAAACAUUUCAACGACUAACGUUCUGUCUGGUGAACAAUAAGUGACAGUUUGAUGUGAAUUUAUCAUUUAAUUCAUCGAAAUUCAUCAAUUUUGUGCUAAGAUUGAUAAGGAUAACAAUUUCAGAAUUGUCUGUACAAAAAAGUGUUAAAUUUAAUCUCAUCGAAACCAGUUGAAGUAGAAAAAAGGACAAUUCAUUGAUACAAUUGAGCGAAAAGUGACAGCAUCCAAAUCAGCAAGUAGAUCAUUUUCGGAAAUGACAAAGAAAGUGUUGUGAUUUUGUUACGUUUCUUUUGAUUUUGGAGCAAUUGUGUGUGUUCGUUCGUUCGUUUUUUUCUUGUCUGUCAAAAACAUCAUUUGAGGCGAUUUGGGAUUUCUGUUCGAAAUCGAACCAAAUUCAAUUGACAAAAGGAAACAACAAAAGAUACGUAACGGCAGCUGAACUGACAAAGACCUCGCAAAGAGGCACUUUUCCGCAUUUGCACCGAAAAAAAACCCAUUAAAAAAACGAUCGAGAGAGAGAAAGAAAGAGAACCUAUAAAAUUAAAUACACAAAAAUUUCAAUCCUUUCACAAUUCGAGGAUUUCAUUUUUUCGCUGGAUAACCCUCAUUUUUCAUUCGAUUCGAAUGAAUCGAAGCAAUAAAGUGGAAACGUACUGAGUGAGAGAGAGAACGAGAGCGAAUACGUGCUCAACACAGAGCGGUUUGAUACAUACAUUCGUGAGAGAGAGAGAGAGAGAGAGAGAGAGAGAGAGAGAGAGAGAGCAAAGCAGUAACGAACGACGGUGAGAAUGAAUCGAGGCGAUAUACUGGCAAAAUUGCAAUCAACAGCAUCGGCAGCUGAGACGCGAGCACUGUCAAUAACCGAUGCUGCCAUUCAAAAUAAAACCGAUGCAAACGCAUUAAAUGCGUUCGAUGCACAAUCGGUAUUUAAAUUGAUUUCAAGUGCAAGCGAUUUAGAGCAGCGUUUCGGCUCAGAUAAAGAGUUCGAUAGUGUAAAAAAUGAGGCAGCACAACUAGAGCAAUUUGAUAUGCAAGCAACCACGAAAAAUAAGCGGAAAAAUUUCAAACCACGUAAUGCAACGGCCGUUGAUGUAGCGACCGCUGCUGCUGCUGAACCAUCGCUCACCGACCAAUUCAUCCUCAACCUGAUGAUGCAGAACAAAAUGAAACAACUGCAACAGGAACUGCAUCAAGGCCAAUUCAAGCGAUGGAACGAUGACGGUAAAGUGGACCAACAGAUGACCGGCGGUGAUUCGGACAGGUCAACCACAUCAAAUAACAAUGAAUCGUGUAACAGCCUUAAGUCACCACCCAGUUCACCGUUGGGAAAUGGGCAUGGUGCUAGCGGAGAAAAUGCAUAUAAUGCCGUUCAAGACUUGCUCUCCGUGUAUGGCUUAACGAUGUCACCGAAUGAUGUAGUGGACGCAUUUAACCGACGAAAUGAAGCGGCUGCUGCGUCGAUUCGUGAUCUAGCGAAUAACUCGCUUCUGAGAAAGGGUUCCGUUCAACAAUCGACACAAUCCACACAAAAGCAACAACAGAAUGCAUUAGUGCCGCCCACACCGCCGCGAACACCAAUCACUCCGUCCGCUCAGCAUCAACAGCAGAUGACUGACGGUGUUAGCGAUGACGAUGACAAUUCUGAGAGCAAAUCUGUGGAUUCGAUGGCGAAUCGUAAGCGAAAAUUAAACACAAUUUUAGGUUCAAAUAAGCGUAUGCAUGUGGAACAACCGAUUAAAACUGAAACCGAUCCCGAUUCGGACAGCAAUCAUGACAACAACGAUCGUGCCACCAGUAUCAACGACAACGACGACGGUACCAGUAGCCGAAUGAGCGAUUUUGAUGAUGGAAAUGCGUCAUUGAAGAAUCGUGCGUUCACUGACACCAACGAUGCAUCGUUUGACUCAUCAUAUUCGGCAUAUUUGCAAGAAACUAAACAGCAAUUGGCUAAGGCCACACAACCACCGCUCAAUUUAUCGCAAUCAUUAUCGAACAUUGUCGAUGUGUCCGGACUUAGUCUGGCCAAGGAUAAAUACUUUGAACGGCCAUCGAUGAGUUUCCUUUCGCCGGCAGCGACCGCAUUAAAGAUGGUCACCAUGAAUGACGAAAGUAAACUAAUCGAUUCCGGCAAAUACCUAUCGAAGUACGCGUCGUUCAUGGAAUGCAAUCACGAUCAAUGUGCGAUCGAUAAGCUGCGCGAACAUUUUCAUUGUUUGGACAUUUUGUGCAUGAAUGUCAACAAAGUGCUGUGCAAACGUGAAGAGGUUCUGCGGCAUUUGAAAUGGCACAAGAAACGCAACGAGAGUUUGACACACGGCUUUUUACGGUUCUCAUCCACCGACGAUUGCUCCAUUCAAUUCGGUGAAUGCCAACACAACGGCAAACAAACUCAUUAUCACUGCUUGCAAGGCAAUUGUGAUAAGGUUUACAUUAGUACUAGCGACGUGCAAAUGCAUUCGAAUUAUCAUCGCAAAGAUUCGGCCAUCAUGCAAGAAGGAUUCCAACGCUUCCGUGCAACUGAAGAGUGUGCCGCUGAUUUUUGUAGUUUUGCUGGUCAACGCACCACACAUUUCCAUUGUAUUCGUGACAGCUGCAAUUAUACGUUCAAAAACAAAGCGGAAAUGGAAAAACAUAAAACCUAUCACAUCAAAGACGAGCUGUUGGCUCGCGAUGGUUUCAAGAAGUUCAUGAAGAAUGAGCCGUGUUCGUUCGAUCGUUGUCGUUUUUCUCUGCAAUGCAAUCACAUUCAUUGCGUCCGUGACAAUUGUUUCUACGUGUUGCACUCGAGUGGUCAGUUGCUGAGCCACAAGCGUAAGCAUGAGCGUAUGGAUUCCGAGCAGGCUUAUCAGCAGUUUAAAAUGGCUCAAAAAAGUGAUGGUUUGUUACCACAUGACAAUAAUGAUGUCGAAACGAGAGGAUCAGAGGCGUCCGGCUCAAAAGGCUUGUCACACUUCCCCGGCGCAUUGUCAUCGCUUCUGACAAAAUAUGCUGAGAACGAGAAUAAAAUGGAAUCAUUGUUGAACACUGAAUCCGUGGAAAUCUUGCAGCAGCUUCAAUUCCAAAAGCAAGCUCUGUUGCAGAGCCAAGCCAAAGCAGUCGCUGCUUCACUCAUUGGCAAAGAUGACGACAUCAAUUCCGAUAACAACAAUUAUGAUCCAAUCGAUUCGCCGCUACCAAAGUCAUUCGUUCAAAAUGCCAGCGCUUCGAUCGGACGUAACAUCACUUCGGCCGAAUUAGACCAAUUGAAACAGAUUUAUUCGGCCGCCGAAAAUGCCAAGCAAAAACAAAUCAACGCCUUACUUUUUGCACAGAACAAUUUCAACAGUGCCGAUCAAUCGGAACCGCUUAAUUUGAACUUAAAAAAAGACCCAAAGGACGUGAAUGCUUCGCUGCUUUCGGCCGUCGUGCAAAAGAUACAAGGCCAAAAUAUGCCGGCCAAUUUGCAACAAAUCACUUCCAUCGAUGGACUGUUCAACCGCAAACGCGGUCGUCCACCAAAGAAUCGCGUCGUUGAAGUUUAUGGCAAUGUUCAAACCCAAAAUCGACCUCAAGCAAUUUUCACCAGUUUUAAAUUGGAGAAGAAUGGCAAAGCAUCGUCGCCGCUGCCAUCCGAAAGUAGUUUCCGUGCGAAAACACCAUUGAAUCGAACGCCCGAGAAUCACGGAGACGAAAGUAGUGCCUCAAAAGAGUCACCAUCCAACUUCUCGAUACAUCGGCUCAACGAUUCAGGUGGAAGUGGUAGCAGCGAUCGCAAGCGUCGACUGUCAUUUUCAUCGUCACAAUCGAAUGACAAUGAAAAGGUGUCGAUAGUUCGCGCUGCUGGCACAUUUUUCCCACAAAACUGCGACAAUGACAGUGAAUCAUCGCCACCGUUGAGCUCACGGCGCAAAUCAAAAGAGAGUGUUGAUUACUCGAAAAAAUGUUCAAUUUCCAAUUGCAAUCAACCAAACGAUUCGCACGUCCAUUGUGACGAUUGCUCCGAGGUGUUCGAUGACGAAACAAAAUUGUUGGUGCAUUCAGUGAAGCACAAGGCAAAUGAGACGAUUUCUGCUCCAGAGAGCGAUCCAUCUCAGGAAUUGAUGCAAAAUUUCGCCAAACAAAUGGCCAAGCAAUCGGAAACGAUGUUCAACAUGGAAUCGUUCAUGAAUCCGGCGGCCAGUGUCAUCUCGAAUUUAGCUUCUCUGAACCAAAAUCAAAUGGCGAUGGGUGGUGAGGGAUUCUCCUUCAACGACCAAUUGUCCGCACAGAUUCAAACACUGUGCCUGGCCCAGCUGGCACAUCUCUAUCAGAACAAUCCAAUGAUGUCUCAACAUUUGUAUCCAUUGCUUGGAGCCGUCGAACAAAUGAAGCAGCAAGAUGCACAGCGCAUGUUCAUGCCUCCAGUUGCCAAUCCAUUGCAAAUAAACAAUCCAUUCGGUGCAUUCGAUUUGUCGAGCAUCGCAGCGGUCAAUGCAAACAAAAAACCAACCACUGCAGCUGCUGCCCUUGCGAAUUCGGCCAAAUUGCAACGACAAGUGCCAAAAUUAGGCGGCAAAGUUGAUACAAAAGCCAAUAAGGGUGUAUCGGCCAGUGAUGUGGUGACGAAUCGAAAUGCAGGCAGUUUUAAGAUUUUCAAAGACGAACCUAUACCAAAAGGUUACCUGAAAUUCAAAUUCAACGAGGACUGCCGUUUUGCCCAGUGCGGUUACUCCAAUUUACAAAGCCAUUUUCACUGUUGUCGCACCGAUUGCCACUACAGUUUCUGUGAUAAGACACGCUUUGUGCAGCACACAGCCCGUCACGAACGCUUGGACAAAUUGAUGGGCGAUGAUUUUAAACAGUAUCGAGCUAACAUGAGCUGCGGCCACGAUGAUUGUGUUUACAAAAAUAAUUUGGGCGCAAACAAUAAAUCGUCACAUUUCCAUUGUCUAAAAUGUGAUUUCAUAUGCUCGGAUACCAAUAAAGUUGUGGCCCAUCGACGUCAUCACAGUAAAUUGGAGUACAUUCGAACCGCUGGCUUCAGAAAAGUGGCCAACAACGAGCCAUGCACAGUGCAUUCAAAGAAACCGUCCAGCGAAAAUGGCGAUGAGAACGUAAAUAGCGACGGUGAACCAGGCGAUGAGAGCAAUGCAACCGAAUGCAUCUACAGCAUGAAACAAACCCAUUACCAUUGUCUGGUUUGCGAUUGUUCAGUGCUUAGUCGAGCUCAGCUCAGCUCACAUCAACACAAAUAGAAUUCGGGCGACCCACAAUACCACAGCAUUCAGAUAGGUCUAUAUUUUAAUUUGAACAUACCUCAAUUCGCAUUCUUGUGCAAAGCAACAAUCGAAUGACGACUGCAUUGAUAGCUAUCGCAACUGAAUACAGCAAAUAUCCUAUAAAUAAACUUAAAACUCGGAAAAUCUCGACUCAUUUGCAUAUUUUCCAGUGCAAUCAUGUCAUUUCAAAGCCAAAUGAACAAUGCAACGCUUCUAUUUUUUGUCCUCCGAAAGAUCAAUAGAACAACGAAAUGUGUAAAUGUGUCGAGAUUUUCACGUAAAUUACGGCAACUUUCCCUACGAAGUAGACGAGCAACCAGUUCAAAAAAAAUAAUAAUUACGCGAUCGAUGCAUCCUUUUAAAGUAGAAAUCAUACACAUAUUAGAACAUACACAAUUGGUCUAAAGUAAUUUAUUGAUCUAUAAGCAAAUAAAAAAUUGAUAAUUUUUCUAUAAGUCGUGCUUAGAGGCGACAUUUUUGUACGAAAUUAAUAAAGAGAUUUAAUUUUAGUACGCAACAAAA